GUUUUCUGCAUUUGGGUGGCCUUCGCACUGCUUUGUACAACUACAUUUUUGCCAAAAAGCACCAGGGGACCUUUAUUUUGAGAGUGGAGGAUACGGAUCAAAACCGAGUGGUGCCUGGAGCUGCAGAAGGAAUAGAAGACAUGCUGGAUUGGGCAGGUAUUCCCCCUGAUGAGAGUCCUCGGCGCGGCGGCUCCUUUGGACCCUACCAGCAGUCGCACAGACUGGAGCUGUACCGCAGCGCCAGCGCCGAGCUGCUGGAGCGGGGCGCGGCGUAUCGCUGCUUCUGCACCCCGCAGCGCCUGGACCUGCUCAAGAAGGAGGCUCUGCGCAGCCAGCAGAGCCCGCGGUACGACAACCGGUGUCGGCACCUGACGCCCACCGAAGUGGCCGAGAAGCUGUCACGGGGCCUCGACUGGGUGGUGCGCUUCCGGCUGGAGAAGGGGGUGGAACCCUUCCAGGACCUGGUCUGUGGCUGGACCAAGCACGAAGUGGCUGAGGUGGAGGGUGACCCGGUGAUCCUCAAGGGGGACGGCUUCCCCACGUACCACCUGGCGAACGUGGUGGAUGAUCAUCACAUGGGCAUCAGCCACGUCCUGCGCGGAACCGAGUGGCUGACCUCGACGUCCAAGCACCUCCUUCUCUACAGAGCCUUUGGCUGGGAUCCCCCUCAGUUCGGUCACCUCCCGCUGCUUCUGAACAAGUAUGGGGGCAAGCUGUCCAAAAGGCAGGGGGACAUCUUCCUGGAGCGCUUUGCUCGGGAUGGCUACUUGCCAGAGGCUCUGCUGGACAUCAUAACCAACUGCGGCUCGGGAUUCGCAGGUAGUGACAACAGG